UCAGACACACUGCUAGGAUACUGCCUCUACUCGCUGAAGCAGAAUCCUCUGAAGAGUUGCUGAGGCAGAACUGAAAUCAUGGCUCACCUCAAAGAAGCAGCAGUAUUGGCCGUUAAUGAUGCCUCACACAGAAAGACGGUGCUCCUUUAACUCGGGGUUUUAAAGGGAAGUUUCUAAGCCUGAAACAACAGCUUUAGACCUGGGGUGUGCCAUCAGCUGCCUUGCAGCUACCACUGUCUACUGCUUUCACACAGCGUGGUCGGGAAGAAUGGAAACUAAAGAGGCUUGUAACUACCUGUAACUGUUCCACCAGGAAAUGGAUCAAGUGUUUGUUCAGCCAGAGCCAGUAUUAAAAUUAGACUCUAUUUCCUGAGCACCCACAAAUGGACCUGACAAAGGGAAGACACAGAUGUACUGCGUGAUGAGGAAAGCCUAUCAGGAUUAAAAUAUGGCUAUAACUCAGCCUCUCCAGAGUGCAGCCACCAUGACCUCCGCAGAUUGAUGAUGGAAGAAAAGAAAACCAGGAUAUCCUGUGCUCUGGCUUCCCUGGACCAUGGAUGGAGGACAGCCCAUCCCUUCGUCCCUAGUACCCCUUGGGAACGUAUCAGCAGAUUCUAGCAUGUCCCUGGAGCAGAAAACGACAUUUGUUUUUGUGAUUUUGUUGUUUAUUUUCUUGGGCAUUCUCAUUGUCCGGUGCUUCCGGAUUCUUUUGGAUCCAUAUCGAAGCAUGCCAACCUCUACCUGGGCUGAUGGACUUGAAGGCCUGGAGAAAGGGCAGUUCGACCAUGCUCUUGCUUAGGAGGGAUGGUGUGGGAUCUCCUCCUGAGGAGAUGAAGUGCUUUGUGUCUUGGCGAGGAUUCCCUUUAUUUAGUGUUCUCAACAAAUCAAAUUUAAACAAUAUUUGGUCCCAGGACCAUAAUCCAUUAUUCCAUAAAUAUGCAGUUGGGUUAAAGACAUUUGAGGAUGUUGGAAAUGGACACUUAUAUAACUAAUCCAACAUAAGAAGGUUUAAAUUUUUAUGUUUGCUCAAUGAAUGAGUACUCUUAAAAUUGUGUGAUUGUGAAACCAAGAGCGUUAAUACUGACAUAGAUUUGCCAUCAAACAAAACACCACCUGAUCUGACUAAAGAAUAAAAGACUAGAAAGGAUCUCAUAUGAAUCUGGUGACAAGGCCAGGAAGAGAUUUCCUUGCUCUAAUUAUGUCUAUAUUUGUUUUAUUUCAUGGGCACCUAUCUGGGUCCUGAGCAGAAUGAGGAAGAUUGUGCUGAAUGGACCCAAAGUAGUUUCUUGUUUUCUCCUAAAGCAGGGAGCUUUGGGAAGCAAUGGGAAAGCUUAAAAGAGAUGAUUCUGUCCUCGGUAAAUGUGAGUGAGAAUAGCGUUUUGUUUUUCAAGUAAAACUUAAUCCAAAGGCUACAAAGUUUUAAAAACUAUUUACCAAGCCAACUACAUUAUAUGUAUUCAUAUUAAUAACAUGUGUAGAGGUAGCUAUAUAUUACUUGAAUUUACACUUUACACAAAUGAUUUAAAAAAUAGGUUGCAAGUGCAGCUGAAAGUUUUUUUUAAUGAAAAGUUAAUUGUUUAGAGGAGAAGACUUUUAUAGUCUUCAGAGGAAUGUGUAUUUAUGAUUGUAUAUAGUCACCAAAUAAAACUUUUCAAGAAACA